AUGGAGAAGCAGGUGGUGGAUCGUGCCAGAGCUGCAUUCCGUUCCGGGAGGUCACGACCCCUGGAGUUCAGAGUUCAGCAGCUGAAAGCCCUUCACAGGCUGAUUAAAGAGCAUGAAUCUGAGAUAGUAGUGGCACUCAAACAGGACCUCAAUAAGAGCUGUUGUGACGUGCUGCUCUUUGAACUCACUGGCCUGGAGGGGGAGAUCUCUCUGGCCCUGGAUAGGCUGCCAGAGUGGGCAGCGCCUCGGCCCGUGGAAAAGAACUUACUCACCAUCUCAGACCAAGUAUUCAUCCAGCCAGAGCCCCUGGGGGUGGUGCUCAUCAUCGGGGCCUGGAACUACCCCUGGGCCCUCACCCUGAUGCCGCUUGUAGGGGCCAUUGCAGCUGGAAAUGGUGCAGUGGUGAAGCCCUCAGAUUUGAGUGAAAGUUCCUCCAAACUUUUGCAGGAGCUCCUGCCUCAGUAUCUAGAUCAGGAGCUGUACCCUGUGGUGACAGGGGGUGUCCCCGAGACACAGGAGCUGUUGGGGCAGCGCUUUGACCACAUCUUCUACACUGGAAGCAGCACCGUGGGCAAACUAGUGAUGGAGGCGGCUGCGCGCCACCUGACCCCCGUCACCCUGGAGCUGGGGGGGAAGAGCCCCUGCUACAUCGACAAGGACUGUGACAUUGCUGUAGCCUGCCGCCGGAUCACCUGGGGGAAGUUUGAGAACUGCGGCCAGACCUGCAUUGCCCCUGACUACAUCCUGUGUGAGCCCAGCAUCCAGGACAGAGUGGUGGAGGAGAUUGGGCGAACAUUGCAGGAGUUCUAUGGAGAAGACCCCAAGGUAUCACCAGACUAUGGACGCAUAAUCAAUCAGCGCCACUUUGAUCGGGUGAUGGCUUUGCUGGAGGGCUGCACAGUGACGCUGGGUGGAGACAAUGACAAGUCCCAGUGCUACAUCGCCCCCACAGUCUUGAAAGACGUGCUUCCCCACGCCAGGAUCAUGCAGGAGGAGAUCUUCGGCCCCCUGUUACCCAUAGUGACAGUUGCCGGGGUAGACGAGGCCAUCCACUUCAUGAAUGAGCAAGAGAAGCCCCUGGCCCUCUACGUCUUCUCCUCCAAAAGCAAGGUGAUAAAGCGGAUGCUGGCUGAGACAUCCAGCGGAGGAGUGACGGUCAAUGAUGUCAUUAUGCACUACACCCUCUCCUCACUGCCCUUUGGGGGUGUGGGUGUCAGUGGAAUGGGGUGCUACCACGGUCGACACACCUUUGACCAGCUGAGCCACCUCCGGGCCUGCCUGGUGAGGUCGCUUACUAUGGAGGGCAUGAACAAGGUCCGCUACCCACCCCUGUCUCUCUCCCGGCUGCGCAUGGCCAGGUUCUUCAUGCAGAAGCAUAUGGGAAGCUGUGACCAGGCUGCCUGCCUGUGGGCUGUCCUGCCCUCCAUUUUGGCUCUGGGGCUGCUCAUUGCUCUGCUGGUGGUAUUGCUGAAGUUCUCUGGGGAAGAAGGCGCGGUCAGAUAUGGGGAGUGGCGGGCACAGGUUCAGGCUAUGCUCCGGGCACAAGGGCUCACACAGGAACAAAGGGUUGACUUUCUGAUGGGGGCCCUGGAGGGACGUGCCCGCCGGGAGGUGCUGCUCGUGCCGGUGGAGCAGCGCAACACGGUCGCCCUUCUGUGGGCCAUGCUGGAGGAGCUGUUUGCCCGCCCCACACCGCUACCCGUGGUUCGCCAGAACUUCUUCCAGUGUGCGCAGGAGCGGGAGGAGAGUUUGGAUGGGUACCUCCUUCGGCUACGGGAGGUGCACGCCAAAUGGCGGGCCCGGGAGCCGGCGGUGGAUGGUGACAGCCUGGUGUUGCGGGACCAGUUUCUGCUUGGCCUGCGGAGGGGCCCCCUUAAACAGGAACUGCAGAGGCAGGUGAGGCGGCAGCCCGCGCUCACUUUCCAGCAGGCAGGGGACCUGGAGCACUGGAAGGACGAGGUGCGGGCUGAAAUGCGGCAGGAGCUCCAAGAACAGGUGGCCGCACUGGGCAAAGCACUGAUCGCGGAGCUUCGACAGCAGUGGCCGCAGGCUCCAGCCACCCCGCCCGUAGAGGAACGGGAGCCCCAGGCCCGUGGCCCGGAGAGCCGUCGCCCCGCCGGGCAGGGGCACGCGGGCGGGGUACAAGGGGAUACUGGCGAAGACUGCCCUGAGCGUAUAGCGGUCCUGGGGCCAUGCCCCCAGGUGGAGGUGGAGGGCUGUGCUCGGCGGGCCUGGGAGCGGGCUUUUGCCCUGUGCCGCCGGGCCCAGGUGCAGGCCCUCUCCCCGAAACGUGGAACGCUACGGCUGGGUCGGAGCGACGACACUGAAGUGCCGGCUGGCUCCGAGGUGGUGCAGUGGGUCCGCGUGGAGGGAGGUGAACACCUGGAGGGCCUGCCCUGCCUGUUGGAGGGGCUCGAGGAAGGUGGCGAGUGGCAGGUGGCCCGGGCCGUGAUGCAGGGUGAGUGCGAUGUGGUGCUGCGGAGCCCCCGCCCCGGGGAGGUAGAGGUGACUGUGGGGACCGUCCAGGCGCCAUUGGGGGUGGGGAGUCCACUGCCCCCGCCGGAGCUGGAGGGACUCACGGGGGAGCAGCACCGUCAGGCACAGGAGCUGCUGCAGAAGUGGGCGGGGGUGUUCGCAGCCCACGAGGAGAACUUCGGGUGUACCGAUGCGGUGUAUCACCGCAUCCCGACCGGUAAUGCUCCACCCAGCCGUGAGAGGUAUCGCGCUCUUCCCCCUGGCCUUUAUCCCGAGCUGCGGGCUCUGUUGCAGGGGAUGCUAGAGAGUGGGGUGAUCACCGAGAGUUCCAGUCCCUGGGCAGCCCCGGUUGUUGGUGGGUACGGCAGCUCGGGGUAG